CCUUGAUUGUCCGCUUUCUCACAAAGAGAUUUAUUGGAGACUACGAGGCCAAUACUGGGGCCUUGUAUUCCAGGAAAUUCACCAUCGACGGAGAGCAGAUUUCCUUGCAGGUCCAGGACACGCCCUUUGUUUCGUUGGAGGAUGAGGGCGACAGCAUCUGCUGCCCGGAACAGAUCAACCGCUCCAUCUACUGGGCGGAUGGCUUCGUCUUCGUCUACUCCAUCACGGACUAUGAGAGCUACCGGGCCAUCGGCCCCUUGCACCAGCAUGUCCGCAAGAUCCACCCCAAUGCCAACAUCCCGCUGCUGAUGAUGGCCAACAAAGGAGACCUCUUGCGAGCCAGGCAGGUGUCCACCAAAGAAGGCCACCAGCUGGCCAACGAACUGGGCUGCACCUACUCCGAGGUCUCUGCGCGGGAGAACUGUGAAGGGGUGCGCGAAGCCUUUCAGCAGCUUUGCCAGGAGAUGAGCCGGAUGAUUGGCAGCUGCAACGGGGAGAAACGAAGAGGGCUCCACCUGGUCCGACCCAAAUCCCCAAACAUGCAGGACUUGAAAAGGCGUCUCAGACAGGCUCUGUCUUCCAAAGGGAAAUCAGCCACGACUCUCUGAUGGAGCUUGGCCGGCGGGGAGCAGCGGAGAGACGAUUCGUAUUUAUACCUAUUUAUAUGAUGGGUUUUGCCAGCAUCUUUUUGUACGAUAGCAUCCCUUUAUGACCUGACCAGGAUGGUUCAAGGCUUCGCCCGGUCUCCUUGGCCCUGGUCAGUAUUUGGAUGAGAGACCACCGAGGUCGUCCAGGGUCUCUACACAGAGGCAGGCAAUCGGAAACCUCCUCUGAACAUCUCGUGCCUUGAAGACCCUCUGGGAGUGCCGUAAAUAACCUGUGGCUUGACAGCACUUCCCACCACCGCUGUGACAAGGAGGCUACAAAGCUGGGUGGCAGACUCUGGAAGCUGCACCCUUCCGGCAAAGAGGCCCCUGAUGGUGGAGAAGGACAAGAGAGGUCAUAGCAGAUUCUUCACCUGCUACAUCAGCUUGACCUCCUAAUUUGAUUGACAGGUGUGCUCAUCAGCUUGACCUCCUAAUUUGGUCAUAGCAGAUUCUUCACCUGCUACAUCAGCUUGACCUCCUAAUUUGCUUGACAGGUGUGCUCAUCAGCAGGUCAAACGCUGCUUCGGUCUGUAGGUCUUGCCCCUCCCCUCUGUCCUGGGUUUCUCCUGUCCUCUAGAAUUACACAUACCCGUUUCUC